AUGGAAACUCAGAUCAGCUGCGCCGUCAAAGCAAGCAACGAACUUGUAAAGAAUUUACACCGUGAUGGGCUGGAUCGCGGGAUCAUUGCAACGUUUAACACAUCUAUGGUGGUUAGGCAGGCCUUUACCAAAGAUGAAGCAUCACUUCAUCGUUCCCUUAACAGAUUAACAAAUGUCGCCAGCG